AUGCCACUAAGUUGGUGCUCGCUUGUAAUUUUGAGCCUACAACUUCUUCAAAUGCUCAAGAGACACUUCAAAGGACUGGAAGCCAUCACAGUCAUAGAACCGAAAGAAGUUCCACAGCCCUUCAAAAAAAUCAAGUCGAAGGGCAGUUCGUGUGGCGAUUUGGCUGGCCAAUUACCCCUACUACAGACAGCACUCGUCGUUAAAUCUUUUGAUGACGAGCUAGACGUUUCAAAAGAUAUCAGAAUACCACAUCAGCUUAAUGAUUUCGAGGUCCUAAUCCAGAAUAAAUACGUAGGCCUAAACCAUGUCGACUGGAAAUCAAAGACUUACCGCUUUAACAUCUACUCAUUCCCGUGGAUCAAUGGAAGAGAAUCCAGUGGUCUUGUCGUCAAAAGAGGCAAAAAAGUAGAUGGCGUCAGAUUUCCCAUUGGCACCGAAGUGUUCAUUGCCAGCACGUCUUAUCGCAACCUAGAAAGCUCGACAUUCCAAGAGUAUACUGUUUUCGAUUCACGGCCUGUUUGGAGGAUACCUGAAGAAAGGGUAGCUGGAGGCACUUUCCGCAAAAAGUUUGGGCUGGACUUUGCAGGUGGCAUAGGUGUAGGCCUUGUCACUGCUGGUUCUGCUCUUUCGCCUUUUAUCAAAUACGAGCGUACCACUUCAGAACCGAUUGAGAAAAAAAACAUCGUAAUAUGGGGAGGCUCAAGCUCGGUUGGUAUUUACGCGAUUCAGCUGGCUAGAAGUUCGGGUAGCUUCGAUAAAAUAAUAGCAGUUUCAAGUGCCAAGUACACCUCUUACUUAGAAGAGCUGGGCGCUACGCAUGUCAUAGACCGAAUGAAGGGUGAAAGUAUCAUCUCGAAAGAAGUUGGCGAUCUUUGCGCCGAAGGAGUUCAUUACGGGCUUGACACGAUAUCUAAAUCAACCGCCACAUCUCUGUUCAGAAUUCUGCAGAAUGGUCCAAACUACGAGAAAACCUUGGUAUGUUUAGUUGAUGGUCCAGAUAGUGCACUAGCGUCUGAGCAAACAAAUAUUGCUGUCGAAAAGGUUAACGUCAAAAGAUUUCACGAAGACAUAAGUUACGGGGAGAGCUUUGUUCGGUACACCUCGCAGCUUUUGGAAACUGACGCGCUGAAGCCCAUUCGGGGUCUCAGAAUAUUCAAAGGCCUGGACAAUUUUGGCCACAGCAUUGCAAUUGGACUUCGAGAACUGAAAGAGCACGGAGCUGGGGCAGAGAAAUUUGUUGUCGGUAUAUAA